GUAGUAGUAGUAGUAGUAGUAGUAGUAGUAGUAGUAGUAGUAGUAGUAGUAGUAGUAGUAGUAGUAGUAGUAGUAGUAGUAGUAGUAGUAGUAGUAGUAGUAGUAGUAGUAGUAGUAGUAGUAGUAGUAGUAGUAGUAGUAGUAGUAGUAGUAGUAGUAGUAGUAGUAGUAGUAGUAGUAGUAGUAGUAGUAGUAGUAGUAGUAGUAGUAGUAGUAGUAGUAGUAGUAGUAGUAGUAGUAGUAGUAGUAGUAGUAGUAGUAGUAGUAGUAGUAGUAGUAGUAGUAGUAGUAGUAGUAGUAGUAGUAGUAGUAGUAGUAGUAGUAGUAGUAGUAGUAGUAGUAGUAGUAGUAGUAGUAGUAGUAGUAGUAGUAGUAGUAGUAGUAGUAGUAGUAGUAGUAGUAGUAGUAGUAGUAGUAGUAGUAGUAGUAGUAGUAGUAGUAGUAGUAGUAGUAGUAGUAGUAGUAGUAGUAGUAGUAGUAGUAGUAGUAGUAGUAGUAGUAGUAGUAGUAGUAGUAGUAGUAGUAGUAGUAGUAGUAGUAGUAGUAGUAGUAGUAGUAGUAGUAGUAGUAGUAGUAGUAGUAGUAGUAGUAGUAGUAGUAGUAGUAGUAGUAGUAGUAGUAGUAGUAGUAGUAGUAGUAGUAGUAGUAGUAGUAGUAGUAGUAGUAGUAGUAGUAGUAGUAGUAGUAGUAGUAGUAGUAGUAGUAGUAGUAGUAGUAGUAGUAGUAGUAGUAGUAGUAGUAGUAGUAGUAGUAGUAGUAGUAGUAGUAGUAGUAGUAGUAGUAGUAGUAGUAGUAGUAGUAGUAGUAGUAGUAGUAGUAGUAGUAGUAGUAGUAGUAGUAGUAGUAGUAGUAGUAGUAGUAGUAGUAGUAGUAGUAGUAGUAGUAGUAGUAGUAGUAGUAGUAGUAGUAGUAGUAGUAGUAGUAGUAGUAGUAGUAGUAGUAGUAGUAGUAGUAGUAGUAGUAGUAGUAGUAGUAGUAGUAGUAGUAGUAGUAGUAGUAGUAGUAGUAGUAGUAGUAGUAGUAGUAGUAGUAGUAGUAGUAGUAGUAGUAGUAGUAGUAGUAGUAGUAGUAGUAGUAGUAGUAGUAGUAGUAGUAGUAGUAGUAGUAGUAGUAGUAGUAGUAGUAGUAGUAGUAGUAGUAGUAGUAGUAGUAGUAGUAGUAGUAGUAGUAGUAGUAGUAGUAGUAGUAGUAGUAGUAGUAGUAGUAGUAGUAGUAGUAGUAGUAGUAGUAGUAGUAGUAGUAGUAGUAGUAGUAGUAGUAGUAGUAGUAGUAGUAGUAGUAGUAGUAGUAGUAGUAGUAGUAGUAGUAGUAGUAGUAGUAGUAGUAGUAGUAGUAGUAGUAGUAGUAGUAGUAGUAGUAGUAGUAGUAGUAGUAGUAGUAGUAGUAGUAGUAGUAGUAGUAGUAGUAGUAGUAGUAGUAGUAGUAGUAGUAGUAGUAGUAGUAGUAGUAGUAGUAGUAGUAGUAGUAGUAGUAGUAGUAGUAGUAGUAGUAGUAGUAGUAGUAGUAGUAGUAGUAGUAGUAGUAGUAGUAGUAGUAGUAGUAGUAGUAGUAGUAGUAGUAGUAGUAGUAGUAGUAGUAGUAGUAGUAGUAGUAGUAGUAGUAGUAGUAGUAGUAGUAGUAGUAGUAGUAGUAGUAGUAGUAGUAGUAGUAGUAGUAGUAGUAGUAGUAGUAGUAGUAGUAGUAGUAGUAGUAGUAGUAGUAGUAGUAGUAGUAGUAGUAGUAGUAGUAGUAGUAGUAGUAGUAGUAGUAGUAGUAGUAGUAGUAGUAGUAGUAGUAGUAGUAGUAGUAGUAGUAGUAGUAGUAGUAGUAGUAGUAGUAGUAGUAGUAGUAGUAAUCAUCAGCGACCAGUGAUGUUCAAAGUGUUUUGUUUUUCAAAUGUUGAGUUUUUUGAAUAA